UUCAAUCGUACUCAUAAAUAACACAACCCAUCACCACAUCAAAUGUCACAUAACUAAGAGAGAGUGAGAGCAAUAGCAGAUGGCUAGUCCACACAUUGCACUGCUGAAACUCACCUCCAUCUUCAUUGUCAUUGCCUCAGCACCUGAGCUGUGUGGAAGCAGUAAGACUUUCACUCUAGUAAAUUACUGCAAGGAGACAAUAUGGCCCGGAAUAACGCGCAGUGACAACCACAGUGGCGAUGGCUUCGCAUUGAAAUCUGGGCAAUCAACUGUAUAUACUGCUCCUGAUGGAUGGAGUGGGAGGAUAUGGGCUAGAACAGGCUGCAACUUUGACAACAAUGGCAAUGGAAAGUGCCAAACUGGUGGCUGUGGCACCAGCAUAAACUGUACUGUCCCUGGAAGCCCUCCAGCAACAAGUGCUGACUUCACUCUUGGUGAACCUGAUUUCUAUGAUGUUAGCCUUGUGGAUGGUUUCAACUUGCCUAUAGUAGUGAAAGCUAUUAAUGGCACAGGGAACUGCAGCACUGUUGGCUGUGAUGGAGAUUUGAGGCAGAACUGCCCUUCAGAGCUUGCUUCUAAGGACAACGACAAAGUUAUUGCUUGCCGGAGCGCGUGUGACGUCUUCAAUACUGAUGAGUAUUGCUGCAGAGGAACUUAUGGAAACCCUGCAACAUGUUUGGCUUCAAACUACUCCAAAAUUUUCAAACAAGUGUGCCCUGCAGCAUAUAGUUUUGCACUUGAUGACCCAACAAGUCUAAUAACUUGUUCAAAAGCAAACUUUGUUGUGAUAUUCUGUGGAUCAAGGAAUCAAACAGCAUGUUCCUAUCAAGACAAGCAGGUUGUAUGUAAUCGACCAAAUAAAGCUUAUAAAGCCAUACCGCAGAGCUGGUGGGUUCUGAUGCUCCCAUUGACAUACGUGUUCAAUUUAAGGAUCACACCUUAGCCAAUUAUGCAAUUGAAGAACUUCUCUGUGUUAUAUUUUUUUUGUUUGUUGAAAUUCUCUUUGUUACAAUCUUUAAUUCAUUUUAACAACAUUGAUUUUCUUUGAGCUAAACACAGAGAAGAUGCUUCUCAAUGUAUUUUCUUUUACCUAAACACAUUGAGAUGAGGAUGUCCUCAAGCAUUAACGCAUGAUGUAAAGAAUUUUCUGCCUUGGAAGUUCAAAUUUUUUAUCUAUAUUAUUUUUUUCAA